UGUUUCAUUUCACCACUCGCUACUUUUAAAUGCAGUCAUGUUCCACAACCACCAAGUACAGUAGGACUUCACAAGGUUCAUGAAUAUCGAUCCUGAUGGUAAAACGGGAAGCAUCUUUUGGUAACCACAAAGAAAGGAUUCCAGAUGCGGAUGACCCCCCAGCGUCUUCCCCCAAUAUUCUGACUUGACUCUAUUUAAGCCCCACCACCAUCAUCUUAUCUUCAAUCCACAACCUGUGAAGCACCUCUUUUUGCUAUCUUUUUCUGAGUUAUCCUUUCAUCUCCUUCGAAGUUCCAUAUCUGACCAUGUUGAAAGGUAAGGCAGUGAUUGGUGAAGCAGAUAUGCUUCAGACUAUGCAGCACGAUGCCCUGGAUUUAGCAUCUAAAGCACUUGAUUUCUUUGAUGUCACUGAAGCCACUGAGAUUGCCCGCUUCAUAAAGAAGGAAUUUGACAGGACGCAUGGACCUGGGUGGCAGUGCAUUGUAGGGACACAUUUUGGUUCUUUUGUGACCCAUUGUUCUGGCUGCUUCAUCUAUUUCUGCAUUGGCAGCUUGGCCAUCUUGCUCUUCAGAGGCUCUGCUACUCCAAAGGCAGAGGAAAAUUAGGUCUCGUCGCCAGAAGCAGCCACAGCAUAACAUUAUUAUUAUAUUAUUAUUUUUAAUUCCUCCUCCAAAGUUGCCACCGUUUGCACCUAUAUUUCAAGACAAAGCCACAGCAAGGGGUUUAGAAGUCAUUAUUCAGUGGCUUUUCUUUUCAAGUUUUCUUCUUUUUUUUUUCCCCCUUGAAACGUAUAAUGUGAAAAAUUCAUAUAAUGGAUUGAGGCAAUAAUGUGUGAUUUUGUAGCUA